AUGACGGGGGAUGAUUCUGGUCUUUUUGUUAUCGCGGGCAGCGUUUCCUGCCAGCUCCAGUACUUCGGCGGCAAGAUAUUCCAUUACAGCUGCCAAGUAGACGGGUGCUCCGGCACCGACACGUUCAGCAUAGUUUCCCUUCCUCAGCAGACGUCAGCGCAGUUCGCAUCGAGAGCGUUAACAGCAGCAGCACCACCACCACGUCGUUACUAUGGCACCGAAAGCCAGCGGAAAGGCUGUGAAAAAAUCCGGCGGCGGCGGUGGCAAGGCACAGAAGAACAUCGCCACAAAAGCAGGAGGAGAGAAAAGAAGAAGCGAAAGCAACGGCGCAAGGAAAGCUACGCUAUCUACAUCUACAAGGUGCUGAAGCAGGUCCAUCCGGACACCGGUGUCUCGUCGAAGGCGAUGAGCAUCAUGAAUAGCUUCGUGAACGACAUCUUCGAGCGUAUUGCUAACGAAGCAUCCCGUCUGGCCCAUUACAACCGACGGUCGACGAUCACCUCCCGCGAGGUACAGACCGCCGUUCGUUUGCUGUUACCGGGAGAGCUGGCCAAACAUGCCGUAUCGGAAGGUACCAAGGCCGUUACCAAGUAUACCAGCUCGAAGUAAACGUGUCGCC